CCAGCGACGAGCAUUCCAACCCUGUUGUCAAGGUCAUCAUCGUUUGGCCGCCAUUCAGGGGUCGGUCCGGGUCGUGCACAACUUGCUGAGCACCGUGCUUCUAUGUUUUCCAUGCUCGCCGGCAGCAUUGACUCCUAGGCACCCCCAGACUCCAACGGAUGUCUGUUUUGGCGGUGCGAGUAUCUACUUCGAGGCGUAUCCUAUCGACCAAAGGCGCCGACCAUGGGCAUUAAAGGACUCCAUGGCCUGCUCAAGUCAAUCCAGAAACCAUGUCAUCUGAAAAAGUUCAGCGGACAGACCCUCGGAGUCGACGCCUAUGGAUGGCUGCAUCGAGGCACGGUCGCCUGUGCGGUGGACCUGGUCCUGGGCAGGCCGACCAGGAAACACAUUGACUUCGUCCUGAACCGAGUCCGCAUGCUGCUCUUCUUCGGAGUGACGCCCUACCUGGUCUUCGAUGGGGAUGAGUUGCCAAGUAAGGCUGGCACGGAGAUCGAGCGCCAGCAGCGACGGCAGCAAAGCAAAGCCCUUGGGUUGGAACUUCAGCGGAAAGGCCGCAUGGCGGAGGCAUACCAGGAACUGCAGAAGGCCGUGGACGUGACGCCUUUGAUGGCCCGCGAGCUGAUCGAGGAACUCAAAAAGAUGAAUGUCCAAUACGUGGUGGCUCCGUACGAGGCAGACUCGCAGAUGGUCUACCUGGAACAGCAGGGGAUCGUUUCCGGGAUCAUCUCCGAGGACUCCGAUCUGCUGGUGUUUGGCGCGAAACGCUUGCUGUCCAAGCUCGACCAACAUGGCGACUGCAUUGAGAUCAAUCGGGCCGACUUCACGGCUUGUCGAGAUAUCAGUCUGAUCGGAUGGACAGAUGACGACUUCCGACGCAUGUGUAUCUUGAGUGGAUGUGAUUACCUGCCCAACAUUCCACGAAUGGGGUUGAAGACGGCCUACCGCAGCAUCCGAAAAUACAAGAGUGUGGAAAGGACGCUGCGUAUGCUUCAGCUUGAGGGCCAGUAUAACGUGCCUACGGACUACUUGGAUAACUUCCGGCAGGCGGAGCUUACGUUUUUGUACCAGUGGGUCUUUUGUCCGAAGGCGGGAAAGUUGGUGACUUUGACCGUGCCGGAGUCUGGUGUCAAUGUCAAGGACCUGACCUUCAUUGGUGCCGAUAUGGAUCCGGAGGUUGCGGUCGGAGUCGCCCGUGGAGACUUGGAUCCAAUGACCAAAGAGCCACUCAUCCUGAAGCCACCGGUUGCACUCGAUAAGAGGCUUACCAAUACCAUCAGCCGCCGACAGACUCUUGGCUCAUCUGCUGAGCUGAAGUCCAGCAAGCCCAUCGGCUCUUUCUUCACUCCAAAGCGGGUUCCUCUGGCGGAGCUGGACCCAAACAGCCUCUCCCCUUCGCCGAGCCAGCAGCGACUCCUGCAUCGCCAUGCGAACAGCUCUUGGGAAGGCGUCUCUGCGCCAUCACGCCCCGGCGUGGCCAGAUCCGCCUCUUCGGUUGACCCCUCGCGGAGGCUUUCGAGCCCGCUGGUGAGAAGUGUCGAACGAAAUUCUUUCCUGGCGCAGGCUUCCAGAAUGUCGAAUUUGCAACCUGCCAAGCGGCAACGGCUGUGUUCCGACGCAGAUGAAGCCACCGAGCCCAGUCUGCCGGACUGUCGCAGCAGGUUCUUUGCCAGCCCGCUGGACGAUUCCAGCCCGAGUGGACAGAAGGCGGCUCGCACGAAGAAGGCGCGCAAGUCUACUCUGGACGUCUUGUCCGACGACUCCACGGAAGAUUUGAUGUCGCAGAUCCCAGAUCCUGUCCAGGCAGGAACCAAAGACGAGCAUCACAACUCUGGUGGUAACAGUGUGGUUCCUCGAGCGGACGCCACGCCUGUCCCUAAGCAUGAUACGCAAGAUAGACCGGGGCAAUCCUUGGGGAAGUCCAACACUUUGGAAACGACCCAUACAUCUGCCACCCCUAGCUCUACGUCUGAUGUGCUUGACGAGCCUGUUGAGAAACGUAAGCCCGCGCUGCUUUCCAAGUUUGCCUUCAAAGCUGGAAAGGUCUUCACCAGUCCUGGGAAGGGGGGUUCUGGUGACAAGGACCUUCAACCGAACACCCCCAAUGAGCCGCUGCAGACAUCGCCCGGGGUGGGAUACGGCGCGUUCCGGUCCCCUCCGCGGCGUCAACGGACCACACCUCUGCAACGUCUCGGACAGAGCGCCCUGUCUCGGUCCCGAUCGUUCCAUUGCGUUUCUCCAUCCCUUACCGGCUUCGUGACUCCGAAGGGGCCGAUCGGCAGAUUAAUGGGUGGCAAAAGAGCGGUCGAUCCGGUGAAAAACGGCCCGACGCCUAGUCAAGGCAGCGAAGACAUGAUCAUCCCGGAUAGCGAAGACGACGAAGAACCGGAGGGCAGCAAGGUCUCCAGUGGAGAGGGACGGGCCUCGUUUGAUAUCCGACGAUUCUCCUUCACGGGCAAAUAGAUCUUCUUGGGGGAAGGAGGAGAGCAUCGCAACUGCAUACAUACAUACAUUGGCGUUUCUUUGGAAUAUCUUUACAAGUUGUGUCCCUGGUAGCAUUGGGGUGAUGGUUAGUGUUUUGAAUUGUAUACCUCG